GCGCGGAGUCGGUUGCAGCCGGCGCGUUGGGGAGCUGGAGGCGGCGCUGUGUUGCCCGUUAUCCCGGGCUCGCAAGCGGAUCGCAGCCAAACGUGAGAACAUGGCGGUGGGGCAGCGGAGGAUCGAGGCCCGGGACCGAGCCUGUGCCGCGGCGGCUGGCUGGCCUUCUGGAAGUUUCGCCAAGCCGGGCUGCGGGCUGGCCGGCUGGUUGUCGCUGCUGCUGUUGCUGGCGGCGCUGAGCGUGUGCCUGUGCGGCGGGCCCGGCGCCCAGGGCAAGGAGUGCGAGAAGCCGUGCGUGCACGGCAGCUGCAGCGCGUCCACCGGCCAGUGCGUGUGUCAGGCCGGCUGGGUCGGCGAGUCGUGUCAGCACUGCGGCGGCAGGUUCAAAUUAACUGGAGACUUCGGAUAUCUUACCGAUGGACCAGGGAACUACAAAUAUAAAACAAAGUGUACAUGGCUUAUUGAAGGACAGCCAAACACUAUAUUGAGACUUCGCUUCAUUCACUUUGCUACAGAGUGCAGCUGGGACCAUUUGUAUGUCUAUGAUGGGGACUCUGUUUAUGCACCACUGUUAGCUGUGUUCAGUGGUUUGAUCGUACCUGAGAAGAAUGGGAACGGGACAAUACCAGAAGUUGUUUCACGAUCUGGAUAUGCUUUGCUACAUUUUUUCAGUGACGCUGCAUAUAAUUUGACUGGAUUUAACAUCACAUAUAACAUCAACUCUUGCCCAAACAACUGUUCAGGACAUGGAAAAUGUGUGGAAGGAGCGGACAAUACCACUGUGCAAUGUCUGUGUGAAGAACAUUGGAAAGGAGAAUCAUGUGAUAUAUCUUACUGCUUAAGUGAUUGUGGAUAUCCAAAUCGUGGUAACUGUGACUUGAAUGAUACAAAAGCUUGUAUAUGCUACGAUGGGUGGCAAGGCCCUGACUGCUCGCUUACAGCUAAUGCGUCAUUUUGGGAAAGGGAAGAAUAUGACGUUCCGAUGCUUGCCCGGGCUUCCCACAAGGCUGUUGUUAGUGACAAUGUCAUGUGGGUUAUUGGAGGUUAUGUGUUCAAUUACUCGGAGUACCAGAUGGUUGCAGCAUAUGAUUUAAGAGAACUGAAAUGGCAUAAAUUGAAGAAAUCUGCAGACCGAGUCAUUGGGCGAUAUGGGCACUCUGUGGCUUUGUACAAGGAUAAAAUUUACAUGUAUGGAGGUAAAAUUGAUUCAACAGGAAAUAUCACGAACCAGCUGUGGGUGUUUCACAUUCACAAUCAGUCAUGGAUGCAACUGAGUCCGAAGGCAAAGCAGCAAUAUGCAGUGGUGGGCCACUCUGCACAUAUAGUAAUGUUGAAAGAUGGUAGUAUUGUGAUGUUGGUCAUCUUCGGCUACUGUCCACUGUAUGGAUAUGUCAGCAAGAUACAAGCAUAUAAUCUUGGUAAAAAUACAUGGAAUAUACUGCAAACCAACGGGGCCUUGGUUCAAGGAGGCUAUGGUCACAGCAGUGUUUAUGACUAUAAGACACGAGCUAUUUACAUACAUGGAGGAUAUAAAGCUGUCAGUGCAAAUAAAUACGGCCUCAGGGAUGACCUAUACAAGUAUGAUGUGGAUAAAUGCAGUUGGGUAAUUUUGAAGGACAGAGGCUUCUUCCGUUAUCUUCACACAGCCAUUAUUAUAAGUGGGACGAUGUUGGUAUUUGGUGGUAACACUCACAAUGACACUUCAAUGAGCCACGGGGCUAAAUGCUUCUCUUCAGACUUCAUGGCUUAUGAUUUGGCAUGUGAUGAAUGGACCGUGCUGCCUACACCUGAUCUUCCUCAUGACGUAAAUCGGUUUGGUCACUCGGCUGUAUUCAGUAAUGGCACAAUGUACAUUUUUGGUGGAUUUAACAGUCUUCUUUUGAGUGAUGUGUUGAUGAUCACGGUACCCAAAUGUGAUGUUUUCUCUGAUGAGGAGUCAUGCCUUGUGGCAGUACCUGAAAUCCGUUGUGUAUGGAGCACCAAUAUGUCACAAUGUGUGCCCUGGGAAAUGGCAACAGGAGUGGAAAAGAUUAUGAGAACGUGUCAAAACAAGACGUAUGCAGAUGAUGAAAAGUGUGAUCAGUAUACUGAUUGCUACAGCUGCACAGUCAAUACAAAUGGUUGUCAAUGGUGUCAUGACAAAUGCCUGUCAAAGAACAGUAACUGCACAGAAGCCUCUGGACCAGUUGAGAGUUUUGGAUCGUGCCCGAAAGAUAAACCCGAGUAUGUUUGCAACAAGCUGACUAGCUGCAAAAGUUGUGCCAUGGACCAAAACUGUCAGUGGGAACCGAGAAAUCAAGAAUGCAUUCCACUACCUGAAACAAUCUGUGGAGAGAACUGGCACUUAGUGGGCAACUCGUGUCUGACAAUCACCACUUCAAAAGAUAGCUAUGAUAAUGCAAAGCUGUUCUGCAGAGGUCAGAAAGCUGCAUUAGUCUCACUUACGUCGCAGAAGAAAGUCGAAUUUGUUCUGAAGGAAUUGCAAAUCAUGCAUGUGUUGCGCAAAACACCAAUAACCCCUUGGGUUGGAUUACGGAAAAUAAAUGUUUCUUACUGGUGCUGGGAAGAUAUGUCACCCUUCACGAACACAUCACUGGCAUGGAUGAUCGAGGAGCCAAGUGACGCAGGGUUUUGUGGCUACUUGGCAGAACCAAACUAUGCUGGUUUGAAAGCAGCUACCUGCAUCAAUUUAGUGAAUGGAAGUGUGUGUGAAAGACCAGCAAACCACAGUGCCAUUCAGUGUCGUACGCCAUGUGCAUUGCGAACAGGGUGCACUGAAUGUACAAAUUCGAACACGGAGUGUAUGUGGUGCAGUAACAUGAAGCAAUGUGUUGAUGCCAAUGCGUAUGUGGCUUCCUUUCCUUUUGGGCAAUGCAUGGAAUGGUCUACUUCCAACAACUGUUCACCUGAGAAUUGUUCUGGUUACCGUACGUGCAGUCAUUGUUUGGAGCAGCCUGGAUGUGGAUGGUGUACUGACCCCAGCAAUACAGGAAAAGGACAGUGUAUAGAAGGAUCUUAUCGUGGACCAAUGAAAAUCUCCACAGUAAACACUCCCUAUAUACCCACUCUGAAUGUCAGCAUGUGUCCUGCAGAAACAAACUACAACUGGUCCUUUAUCCAGUGUCCAGCUUGUCAGUGUAAUGGCCAUAGCAAGUGUGUAAAUGAGAGCAUCUGUGAGAAGUGUGAAGACCUAACAACUGGCAACCACUGUGAUACUUGCAUAUCUGGUUACUACGGUGACCCUACGAAUGGAGGGAGUUGCCAGUCCUGCAAGUGCAAUGGACACGCAUCCAUCUGUGAUACCAAGACAGGAAAAUGCUUCUGCACGACUAAAGGAAUCAAAGGGGACAAGUGUCAGCUAUGUGAUGUGGAAACACGAUACCAGGGAAACCCUUUGAAAGGAACUUGUUACUACACUCUGUUGAUUGACUAUCAGUUCACCUUCAGUCUCUCUCAGGAGGAUGAUCGUUACUACACAGCCAUUAACUUUGUAGCCACCCCUGAGGAACAAAACCGCGACCUGGAUAUGUUUAUCAACGCAUCAAAAAAUUUCAACCUGAACAUAACGUGGUCAAGUAGUUUCAUGGCAGGCACACCGCCUGGAGAAGAAAUACCGAUUGUUUCAAAGACAAACAUCAAGGAAUACAAGGAUAGUUUCUCCAAUGAGAAGUUUGACUUCCGCAACAACCCAAAUAUAACGUUCUUUGUGUAUGUAAACAAUUUCACCUGGCCGAUUAAGAUACAGAUCGCCUUUUCUCAGCAUAACAACUUCAUGGACCUUGUGCAGUUCUUUGUCACAUUUUUCAGUUGUUUUCUGUCAUUAUUGUUGGUGGCCGCUGUGGUCUGGAAGAUUAAGCAAAGCUGUUGGGCAUCAAGGAGGAGAGAGCAACUUCUACGAGAGAUGCAGCAAAUGGCUAGUCGCCCUUUUGCCACUAUCAAUGUUGCCUUGGAGACAGAAGAGGAACCGCCUGAUCUUAUUGGAGGAAGCAUCAAGAGUAUCCCAAAACCCAUAGCAUUAGAGCCAUGCUUUGGCAAUAAGGCAGCUAUCCUGUCAAUAUUUGUACGGCUACCAAGAGGACUGGGAGGAAUCCCACCACCUGGACAGUCAGGUCUUGCUGUAGCCAGUGCAUUAGUAGACAUUUCACAGCAGAAGUCCAUGGAUCACAAAGAAAAAUCUGGAGCAAUGCGAAAUAGGAAACACCUUUCUCCUGCACAGCCAGGCACCUGCAUUUGACACUGAGAAGCCUCAUUUGUCGAUCCUGAAGAAUUUUUUUUUAAAGGAAGAAAACUUAGCUUGAGGAGCCAGUCCACUUCUGUUCUGAGAUUGUGGCCAAAAAUAAAUCUAAAACCAUUUUGAGAAACACCGAAAUCUCCAUCUGCCCCCCUCUGCAUGUCUGUGAUCUUUUUUUAACUGAAGAUUAUGUGCUCGUAACUAUGUUUCCAAGACCAUGUUUUCUCAUCAGACCACUUUUUUUUGUUUGCAUUCACUUAGUAGGGAAAAAAGGCAUAAAUUAGAAUUGUCCGGAGAAACACGAAACAACGAUCAAAGUCAACAUCUGGAUUUUAAACACACUGGUUCUUCAGAAGGCAUUUUGGAUGGAGGAGGACCAGAGAGGACUUUAUAUCAAGUCAAGUCAAGUCGCUUUUUAUUGUCAUUUCGACCAUAAACUGCUGGUACAGUCCACAGUAAAAACGAAACAGUGUUCCUCCAGGACCAUGGUGCUACAUGAAACAACACAAAA